AAAAAUUGGGCGGAUGAACAAGAUAAACACCACUGUACAACCCAAGAAGAUCCAUUAAUUAUUAAUGCAUUUUUAUGCUUUCUGAUCCAUUCAGAUAUUAAUUUAAUUUUUAUUUUAAUUCGUUAAUCGAAAGUUAUAGACCAUGAAAUUCUGUGGACCCAAAUUAUCACUAUGUGGGAUCAUCAUCAGCAUUUGGGGUAUAAUCCAAUUGGUGUUGAUGGGAUUCUUUUACUACAUUCGGAGCGUAGCCUUAAUCGAAGACCUGAAUAUUGGCGAGGACCAUAUAUUUAAAAAUUCGCAAGAGUUUUAUAGCACUGCUGACAAAAUGUAUUCUUUGAAUGCAUACAAUUGUUGGAUCGCUGCAUGUCUAUACAUAUUUACACUUGUUGUAUCUGGACAUCAGUUUUACAUGAACAAUCGAAACACAAUGAGUUUGUAAAGUGUUAUUUAAAUGUUACCUUUUUUUUAUUGUAGGAGGUAUUUUUUCUUUAUUGUCAUCAUUUUUUUUCUAUUACUUCUUUGAUCAUAUUUGAGUUAUUAUACUUUGUUAACAGAUUGUUAAA